CCGACGACUCACCGUCGACGCCGUUUCCGACGUUGAAGCCUCUGGCUAGCUUGUUUUUUCUUCUAUAGCGCCAGCUUUCAGACAGCAGGCAAAUAUUCUCUUCUUUCGCUUUUCUUUUCUAAACAAAAACAAGCAGAGCUUAAGGCUUAGGUUUCAACUCAGCGGGCAAGCGGCUUUUAGUCGCGUCCUCGUCGUAGCCUAUCUGUCUGCUACAUUUCAUUACUUUGUUCACUUUAUUUCAUUGCUUGUUCAACGGAUUCACAAAUGGCAACUACCGCUCGCCAGCCUAAACCAAGAGGAAAGGGAAUGGCAGAUCCUCCUCGUCGUCCUGCUUGGCAGACUGGCUCGAGGCCAAAUUCUACGUUAUCACCUACGAACAAUUCGGCUCGUCUUCCUCCUUCAGCUAAUCAGGGGGGAUUCCCUCCACUAGGUGCUCAGACUAAUGGCUCUCGUAUUCACGACCCAACUCAGGACCGUCCUCUUCAUAUGCUAUCUGGUCUUACCGGCACAACUAUCACCCUGACCACCAAAACCGCUCAGCGGUAUGAGGGUGUCAUUUCAUCUACUGCUAGUGAGGGUGAUACAGCUGGCAUCACCCUCAAGGACGUCAAGGAGAUUUCAAAGCUCGGCGCACCACUCAAGGAGUCAUUUUUCAUUCCUUCCACUAACAUCGACACUUGGCAGUCUGGUCCCGCUGACGCCAAAUUGCCGGCUCCAAAUGGCGACUCUUUUCGAACAGAUGCGGAUAUCAGCAAGAACAAGUCAGUCCGUGAGCGGGAACUCCAAGCAUGGCAGCCAGUUGCAACUGCUACCGCGAGCUCUCCGCCUCUUGCGGGUAUGCAUCAUGAGGGUCUCGGCGAUGAAGUUACCUUUGGCCCGGGCUCGGGCGCUAACGUAUCUUGGGAUCAAUUUGCGGCUAAUGAACAAAAGUUCGGCGUCACGACUACUUUUGACGAGGAGGUUUACACCACUAAGUUGGAUCGGACGGCUGCUGAUUAUAAAGAGAGGGAGCGCAAGGCUCAGCGCAUUGCUAGUGAAAUAUUGAACGGUGCCAUAAACAAUCCUCAUGUAGCAGAGGAAAGGAAUUUGAGUGUUGACGAUAGCGGUAUGAACGAGGAAGACAAAUUUGGUGCUGUUGUCCGAGGGCAGAAUGCUUAUGUUCCGCCAGGCGCUCGCAAACUGCAGACCACCGGACCAGCCUCGGGAACAAGCCCUCCUCCAAAAGAUGUUCCCAAAGUAUCUGUCAAUGGCCCCGACGGUGCCCCUGUUGCUGCAAAGGACGUGGCGCCUCUUGUUGUCAAGUCCCCUUCUCCUACACCAUCAACAUCAUCGGCUUCUAAUAAGCCCCCGGCGGAUCCAUUGCCGGCGUUCCGUGACUUUGCGCUCGUCAAGAGUGAGAUGGACAAACGGAAGGCUGAGCUGCUGAAGUUCAGCCAGACAUUCAAGUUGAACAAGCCCAUUCCGGAUGAUUUGGUUCCUAUUCUUGCCAAGGAUGAAGAGAAACAGCGACAGAUUCGGGAGAAGGCCUCGGUGGAUGCUGCCUCGACCACCGCUCGUGCCAUCGGCAUCACCGCUACUCUCAAUACCUCCCCUAGCGCGUCUCGCAUGCCGACCUCGACCUCUAACAAGAUCCCUACUCCUGCUCCGCCCGCCAUCCCAAAGGCGUCCGUCGCUGGUACCUCCGCCUCUGUCGUCAAACCCGUCGCUACGAAGCCCAGUGAACUCGGCAAGAAGAACUCGGUCAAUAUGUACAUACAGCCCAUUCCCCCGUUCAAAGGCGCGAAGCGCUCAACCACGCCAUUGCCUGCCCCGGCGACCCACACGAACGGCGCUGCCGUGCCCACGUCGCCCACCACAACCGCAAACAGGCUCAAUGCGAACGCCUCGUCGUUCAGGCCCAAUCCAAAGGGCCCUACGUCUCCGAUUCCGAGUUCUACAUCAGCCUCCGCGUCACCGAAGACCAAGCCUGCUGAAUCGUCACCACCCACUCCCAACCCAUUCUUUGGCACCAAGAUCAUGAAGAAAGGAGCGGUUCAUAUCAAGGAUGAUUUCAACCCAUUCAAGCAUAACAAAGUUGUAGGAGGCGAACCAAAUUAUGGCAAGCGCUACAUGCAUAUGUUCCCUCCCCUGCAACACCAAUCGCCUCAGCAACCCGUCCACAUCGCGCCACCCGGUCCGCCACCCGUCUCACACCCUGUAUACGAAGACAGCGGCGAACAACGUGUUUAUUACUACCCAUACUACCCCGGACAGCCCAUGAUGCCUGGCAUGGCUCCCCCACCACCUGGUGCAUAUGUAUCAACACCAUUCAUGCAACCAAUGGCGUACCCACCAGGGAUGCCACCGAACGGCCAACCCAUGUAUGCUGCAUCGCCUAUGCCUCAGAUGCCUCCGCCACCAUACAUGCAACCACCACCUGGCACGUACCCUCCUCCACCUAACGGUGCUGGCCCACGCCCAUCCAUGCCACCUACUCCGAUCCCCUCUCACGCACACGCAUACUACCACCAAAGCCCACAACUACAACACGCUGUCCCUUACCCUAUGAUGAUGCCGCCUACGGGUCCGAAUGGUCCUCCCCACCCAUACGAAGGUGGCCCAGCUCAACAGAUGGGUGGUGUGGGCCAUGCAUGAUCGAGCGAUGGGUAGCAUGGUAUCCGCAUAUUUUCUUCUCGUUAUCUGUUGUCCGCUGUCUUCAUGCAAUUGUGUCAUUGUUGUUGUGUCAUAGCCUAGAUGUUCUCCGGGCGCAUGUUGUAGCUAUCAAUCUCUGGCAUUAAUUGAUGGUGUGGAUCGAGAACUGAGU